AUGUGGAACGAAUAUCGCACCACGAAGUUCCAAAUUUACGAUAUGAUAUUGACACACUUGCGUCCUCGAGCUACGCUUACUGAUGGUGCUCCUGAUUGCGAGGGUGCUCGAGCACAAUGCUCAAGGGCUCGAAGCCAAAUGGCGCAGCUUUCUGAAGAAAUAUGCUGCAGUGUUCCAUAUAUUCUCGGCCUACUUACUCAAGAGCGCCGUGACUCUCCAAAGCCAGCCGUAAGAAAUUCCUGUGGUGCUUUUGUCCUCCUCUGGCCUCUGAUGGUCGCAGCAAUUGCGCAACACUACCCUUCACCCACCUCCGAGUUUGUUUUCAACUGUUUUGAUUUUAUUUCACGUGGUAUGGGUAUUCAGCAAGCCACUGCUUUCUGA